AUGCCUCGUCAACAACGCCGUGCCGCUCCCACCCCCGCGCGUAGCGCUCCCACUCGCCCUACCGCGGCCCCUGCCCGCCCGGCCGCCGCUCCCCAACAGCAGCAGGCGCCUCACUCGACUGCCGCUCACCAGCCCCAACAACAAGCUCCCAUGCAGGCUCCUCCCCAGCAGAGCGCCGGCCCCGGUCUCUUCGGCCAGAUGGCUUCCACCGCUGCUGGUGUCGCUGUCGGUUCCUCCAUCGGCCACGCUAUGGGUGGCUUCUUCGGCGGUGGCUCCAGCGCCCCCGCCGAGGCCCAACAGCAGGCUCCUGCCCAGGGCCAGGCCAUGGACAACGGACUGUACCAGAGCAACGCGGCCAACACCUCGUGGGAGAACCCCGCCUGUGAGACCGACGUCCGCAACUUCCGCUCCUGCAUGGAUGAGAACCAAGGCAACAUCAGCAUUUGCGGAUGGUACCUGGACCAGCUGAAAGCUUGCCAGUCUGCUGCUAAGCCUUACUAA